UUAUAUAAUAUUGAACAAAUUUUGUUGCAGAAAAAUUGUCUUGAUAUUAUAAAAUGUCCCUGGCAAGUAUGGAGAAAAAUCUAUUUAAUCUCAAGUUUGCCGCCAAGGAACUGGAGAGAAGUAGUAAAAAAUGCGACAAGGAGGAGAAGGUAGAGAAACUGAAGUUGAAGAAGGCUAUAGAGAAGGGGAAUAUGGAGGUGGCGAAGAUCCAUGCUGAAAACGCAAUUAGACAGAAGAACCAGUCGUUGAACUUCCUACGGAUGUCAGCACGAGUUGACGCUACAGCUAGUCGUGUACAGUCAGCUGUAACAACUAGGAAGGUCACCAAAUCAAUGGAAGGAGUAGUAAAGGGUAUGUCUGCUGCUAUGAAGUCCAUGAACCUGGAGAAGAUCUCGACUCUGAUGGACAAGUUUGAGAAGGAGUUUGAAGAUUUGGAUGUACAAACCUCUGUGAUGGAAGGAGCUAUGUCACAGACAACAGCUACUAGUAUACCUCAGGAUGCUGUAGAGAACCUUAUGAAACAGGCUGCUGACGAGGCGGGAUUGGAGCUGAACAUGGAGCUACCUGGAGCAGCUGUUCAAACUAUCGGUCAAUCUACAGCUGCUUCUACAGAACAGGAUGAACUGUCCCAGCGUUUGGCCCGACUGAGACAAGUUUAGGAUUCAGGAUUUUGUUUUCGAAAUUCUUAUUUACUAAAUUUACUCACAUAUUUAAUAAUACAUCAGGGGAAUAUAUUUGGUAAAGUUUCCCCUAGGGUUUUCUGUUUUCUCCAUAUUUGAUGCUUUUUAUCCCCUCCCCCCCACCAAAAAAAAAAUUUAAUUCCCUCAUUCCCUGAGAAAAAAAAGAUAUAACAAAUUUGGAAACACAAAUACAUUGAUUAUAGUUUUGUUUAAUGUUCAACUUUAUGCUUACUUUGAUUUAUUUAAACAUUUAUACAUAGGGAAUACAAAAAAAACUACAAUUCA